AUGUCUUGUCUCCUGCCACUUUUUUUUAAGAGAAAUUCAAGAGAAUCGGAGCCACUCAUCCAUAAUGAGACUCAUUUUGAGUCACCAGAAAUUUUACGAGAUAUCGUAAUUGGAUUGAGUGAUGGACUGACUGUACCCUUUGCUCUUGCGGCAGGUUUGGCCUCUACUGGGAAGACAAGCUUUGUUGUUCUAGGAGGUAUUGCUGAGCUCAUAUCUGGUGCCAUAUCCAUGGGACUCGGCGGUUAUCUUGCUGCACGAAGUGAAGCAGAUCACUAUUAUACCGAACGACGGCGGGAAGAGAUGGAAGUAGAAGAGAGUGAGGAAGAGGAGAUCCAAGAGAUUAUUGAUAUUCUUGAACCCUACGGUCUUGAUAGGCAGAGUUUAGCGCCCGUGAUUGAAAAACUACGCGCUAAUCCAGAAAAAUUUGUUGACUUUAUGAUGCGGUUUGAACUUAACCUCGAAAGGCCUGAUCCGAGAAGAUCAUGGAUCAGCGCUCUGACGAUCGGUCUUUCUUAUUUUGUCGGUGGUUUGAUACCCCUAGUACCUUAUCUCUUCUUCGACAGCACUCAAAUUGGUCUAAUUUGGAGUAGCAUAGUAACUUUACUAUGUUUAUUGAUUUUCGGAUACGCUAAAUCUUAUUACGUUGCUCCUGAAAGUGCUGGUUGGAAUGCUAUACAGACUGCCCUUGUGGGUGCAGCGGCAGCAGGAUUUGCAUAUGCUGCUAUUUAUGCGAUUGGCGAUUAG